ACAAUGCAUGUGAGAAAUAUUGGUUCUUUGCACCUUCGUAGAGAGGUCAUUGGUAGGUAUGGAACAUAUCUAGUCUUAUGGUUAAGUAUUACUAAAUAGCUAAUCCACGCCCAUAUUUGGUGGCAUUUGGCAUCAAAGUCGGUGCUAAUACUAAACCUGAUUUUGUUUUUGUUUUUUUCUCUUUAUUUCUUGGUCAGGGCCAGAGGGCACGGGUUAUUUCCUCUAAUGGGGCUUAUUUUGAGGGUCUGGAGGACUUAUAUUAAACUACAAAUUUAUUUUGCAGAAACUUUGGAGGAAUCCAAAAAUAUUUUAUACUUUUUUUAGCUAAAAAUUGGGGUGUCAAGUUGGUAAAUAAGGAUUGCACCAAGUUGUGGGCGAUUAAUAUUCUAAAAAUUUUUAAGUCAAAAUUACGAAACAAGAUUUGGGUAUUAAUAGAUUUGGAUUUAGUGCAAUCGAGCAGACAAUAUCUCUCAUGGGGGUUGAGCAUCAAUUAAUAAUCCGAGUUCUGUGUUGUUGUUGGCAUAUUUGGCUGCAUCGUAUCCACGUAAUUCGCAGACCAUAAUCCAUAACGUUAUUGACUAAAUAUUCCACGCUUUCUUUCAGGUGUUGUCUUUUUUGGAAUUUAAAAUAGCCGCCUUCUUUGUCUAACAGCCCAAGGAUAUGGAAGAUAAACUAUAUAUUUAAUUUCAAAUCUGCCAAAAUUGGGAAAAUUAAUCUGAGUUCGUCUUCUUCACGUUUUCUAGAAAGAGAGAACUUCUUGAGGUUUUGACAACAAAAUUCAAAAUCACAAAACAACUUUUACUUACUACAUGGGCUUUGAUUCCGAACUUAAGAGGUAUUUAAGCUUAAGCUCAGCCAGCUAGCCUCUCUGUUAAGAUCAGAGAAAAUGACUAAGUUGGGUCCCCCUGUGGAUGGGAAUGUCUCAUCAUCUAUAUAUAUAUAUAUAUAUAUGGGGAAUUUGGCCCAAUACCCCCAUAGGACAGAGCUUCAUGAAUUUUGCCUCCUCAAUUCAUUUUUUUUUUUAUCUACCCCUCCAAUCUUUUAAAAUCCCAAAAUACCUUUAUGUUUUUUUUUAUAUGUUUUUUUCUUUCCUUUCUUCGACUUUUCCCCUCCAUCUCUUUAUCCAUAACCAAACCUUAGGAGCCCUCUGUUUCCUUUCAUGAAUCGGCCAAAUUGUAAGCGUGGAGACUGCGCGUUUUGAAGGAGAUGGUGAAGAGGCGACUCAGAGAAAAAAUUGCGGGAUUUUAGAGAGCCCUAGGAGCAGAAGCAGAAGCAACAGGCAUUUCUUGCUGAGAGAUAUGUAUGAUGAUAUGAUGCUGGAUGGAGUACAGCCAACUAGGGAUACAUUCCAUUCUAUCAUCAGUUAGUGGAAAGGUGCUUUCAUGUUUGUUAUCAUGGACUUUCAUUCUUUCUGGAAUUUUCCGUUUGCUUGAUUUUGUUUUGUUGCAGGUGGAUAAGCAAAAUGCUCAUUUCUUUGGUGUUACGAUCAACGAGCAACAAGCGGAGUGUGGUAUUGUAGUAAGAGUUACUUCAAAUGCACAAAGCAAAUUUAAGUUACUUUAUUUCGAGCAAGAUGUGAAUGGCGGUUAUGGUUUGGCCCUACAGGUGAUUGAUGAAAUAGAUGGAGCUCUUGGUGAUGGCAAAGGUGCUGUGGAGGUUAUUCUAAAGAUGAUAAGAAGGCUCUCAAAAACCCUGCAGUUUUCUAUCUGAGUCGCCUCUUCACCAUCUCCUUCAAAACGCGCAGUCUCCACGCUUACAAUCCGGCCGAUGCGAAAGGAAACAGAGGGCUCCUAAGGUCUGGUUAUGGAUAAAGAGAUGGCGAGGAAACGUCGAAGAAAGGAAAGAAAAAAACAUAUAAAAAAAAAAACAUAAGGGUAUUUCGUUUCAUUUUCAUGAUUCCCUGGAAAUGGUACACCCGAAAGUUUAUCAUUCAUAUGGAGUUUCCUUUUCAUGAUUCUUUUCAUGCAAACUAGAUAGUAUUUUUUGCUUAUUGACAACUAGUUGCUAUCUGCAGGGUUCAUAUAUUUGUUCAACCAACAGUUAAUCGUGUUGUCAGCAGGUGAUCCUUGACUACCAUGGCUGAUGUUUAAUUGCUGUGACAAUUUCAAGCCUUUCCAUUUCUGAUGGGGAACAUUGGGUCAAGUCGGGAUUGAUACCAAUAGAGGCUUUUGUAGGAGCUGUAAUAUUAUCUAGGAGCUGUAAUAUUCUCUAGGAGGUGUAAUAUUCUCUUGUUUUUAUUCAUAAAACACUUGUACAAUUUCCUCUUGCUAAUUCAGAUUUUGUUUUUAGUUUUUGUA